CUCGGUUCCAGAUUUUUCUACAGUAGAUGUAGCUGGCCUAAUAACUUUUGUUGGACGGGUGGAAAGAGAAGCCAGAAAAGGUUCUGCUAGUCAACGUGAAGACAGUGGAGCCUUUUUUUACCGCCGCUGGGUGCAUUUAAGAGAUUCAUCACUGUCCGAACCCAUUAUAGCAUUGGUUUAUAGCG